CUUUUACCAUCAAUUGCCAUUCUCUUACAUAUGUUACAAUUUUAGUGCUGUCGUUUGAGCCGGUCUUUUAGAGAUUCAUAGUAUUGUAAAAAGAAAAAGACAUUGAAACAUCACAUGGAACAUGGAACUUUUGUAUCCGCUUUUAAGAUUUAUGUUGCCUUGCUCACGUUCAAGAGUACUUCUGCCAGCACUUCCCUGUCAAAACUGAUAUUGAUAUCAAUGGAUGGAUUUAGAUAUGAUUAUCUUGAUUUGGUACCUCCAAAUGAAGCUGAACAUUUCCGGUAUAUGAUCAAAAAUGGCGUGAAAGCAAAAUCAAUCAUGAACGUUUUCCCAACUGCUACCUAUCCGAACCAUUAUACAAUGAUCACAGGAUUAUAUCCAGAAAGUCAUGGAAUUGUUCAUAACCUAUUCCUCGAUACUCAUUGGAACGAAUAUUUCGUGUAUGAUGAUAGAAGAGAUAAUGUUGAUCCAUUUUGGUACGAUGUAGGCGCUGAACCAAUUUAUGUGACAAACAAGAAGGCAGGUGGUUCUUCAGGCUCUGUUGUGUGGCCAGCUGGCAUUGGGGAAGUGAAGGGAAUUAAACCAGACAGAUUAGUGCCUGAUGCAAAUUCGUUUACGGAAAUGAAUAGCACAGAGCGUGUGGAUACAUUAAUUAAAUGGUUCACAGAUAAGAACAAUCCAAUUAACUUGGGUCUUCUAUACUUCCUAGAACCAGAUGAAACAGCCCAUGCCUCCGGUGCUGGCUCUAAGAAUGUUACAGACUUGAUAAAGGGUGAUUUAAAUGGCGCUUUAGGAUAUUUAUUUCAGAGAUUAAAAGAAAAUAAUUUAUUUGACGAGAUGAACAUCAUUUUGACAGCAGACCAUGGAUUUGUCAAUUAUACUAAGGAUAAAGCUGUGUUACUUAAUAAUUAUUUGAACUCUUCCUGGUAUAAAACUGGAGCUGAAGAUUUUAGAAAAAAUGGAAACCGUAUAUCUGUGAAUAUAUUCCCUGAAGAUGGGCAAGAAGAAAAUAUAUUAAAGGCAUUACGCAAUGUUAAAUAUUUGAAAGUCUACAAGAAAGGUGACAGUGAUCUGGUCAGCCUACACUACAAUUCUAGUGACAGAAUUGCCCCAGUUGUUAUUACUGGGUCAGAAGAGGGCGUAACUAUAUAUCCAACUGAAGCUGAUAGGGACUUCCAUACAACUGGACUUGUUGGUGUCCACGGUUAUAAUCCUCAUUUGGUUCCUGACAUGCGGCCUUUCUUCGUAGCAAUGGGUCCAACUUUCAAAAAGGACUAUGUGUCUGAACACUUCAACUCCGUGGACAUAUACCCUCUUAUGUGCAGCAUAUUAGGUAUUGAACCUGCUCCAAAUAAUGGCUCAUUCGGGAAUGUGAAAGGCAUAUUACGAGAGAAAUCAAUUACAGAUAAAUUAUCAGUUACCGGGAUCACAUUUCUUGUUAUUGUGGGACUUAGUGUAACAUUGGCAGGAAUAUAUGCUAUAUGUGUCUGUCAUAAUGCAAGAAAUAAUCGAAGAUUUAUGUUGCAUGGCAACAACAGACGAUCUGGAGUUGUUACAUCCCUUAGAUCUCCGACACACCAUUUGCUCAAUAGUGACGACGAAGAUGAUGAAUUUUAAGCAUAUUCAGCAAAAGCUGUAACACUUUCAUCAUAUGUAAGCAACAAGAUCCUUAUGUGGGAAAAGUGUUGAAAAUACUCAUAUUAAAGGAAAUAAAUAACAGCAUGCAUGGUAACUGUAGUUCUUGUUCUUGUUGGAUUACAUGUGCACCAAAAGCCAAUUUGACAAUGUAUUAAAUAAGCAUAUUUUUCAUAUAAUGCUGAGGUGUAAUAAGCAAAUUGAUUGCGAAUUGUUGUGAUUAUUUGUUAUUUAAAAUGUUUCUUCGCAAAGUGUCUUACGGCCAAUAUUGCAGUAGAAUCGACCAUAGAGGCUUAUUUUAAUUAUUGUAAUACAGUUGAUAUUAUUGAUAUUGCAGCAUACUUUGUGAUGAUAUUAUAAUGGCGGAUGACGUAGUCAGAUACCUUGCACUCAGUUAAGCACGUUUUGGAAGGAGCUAUUUCAAUUUAUAGUUAUUUACUUGUUAGUAAAUUGAAUUAUGUAAAUGCUAGUACUAAUUCCAACUUGUGAUAGCCUGUGUUUAAUAACGCUUACAGGACACAAUUGUUUUUCUUGGUGAAUGUAAUGGUCUUUAUUAACUCCGAUAUUACUGCAACUAUUUUUACUAUAAUUUCGAAUAAAAAUGUACAUGUGCUGGCGACCACCUUUGAUCACAAGUUUCAUUCCCGUUUGAAAUAUUUGCAGCUUCGUUCUGUAGGCGUAAUUCUUAAAUACAC